AUGCGCCGCCUGGCUCUGCUCGGCUUCUUGGUCUGGGGCUUGGGCGGCUCGCCUGGGCCCAGCGGCGCCGCCUCCCCGCCGCCCUGCCCGGCUGCCUGCGCCUGCGAUGGGGACGGGGGAGUCGACUGCGCCGGCCGAGGGCUGGCCGCCCUGCCCGAGGGGCUCAGCGCCUUCACCCACUCGCUGGACAUCAGUAUGAACAAUAUCACAAGGUUACCAGAGGAUGCAUUCAAGAAUUUCCCUUACCUUGAAGAGCUACGGCUGGCUGGCAAUGACCUUGCGUUUAUUCAUCCAAAGGCCUUGUCUGGGUUGAAGGAACUCAAAGUUCUCACUCUGCAGAACAACCAGCUGAAAACCGUUCCUAAUGAGGCCAUCAGGGGACUAAGUGGGCUACAAUCUUUGCGCUUAGACGCUAACCACAUUACUGCUGUUCCGGAAGACAGUUUUGAGGGCCUGGUCCAACUGCGCCACCUGUGGCUAGAUGAUAACAGCUUGACCGAGGUCCCGGUUGUUCCGCUCAGCAACCUUCCAUCCCUGCAGGCCUUAACCUUGGCUCUCAAUAAAAUCACCAACAUCCCUGACUUUGCGUUUACCAACCUUUCAAGCCUUGUCGUCCUGCAUCUCCAUAACAAUAAAAUAAAGACACUGGGACAUCACUGUUUUGAUGGCUUAAACAACCUAGAAACUUUGGAUUUAAACUAUAACAGCAUGGUAGAGUUUCCUAAAGCCAUAAAAACACUUCCAAGCCUAAAGGAGUUAGGAUUUCACAGUAAUUACAUCUCCAUGAUCCCGGACAGUGCAUUUGUUGGAAACCCACUUCUAAGAACUAUACAUCUGUAUGAUAAUCCUUUGUCCUUAGUUGGGAACUCAGCUUUUCAGAAUUUAUCAGAUUUGCAUUCAUUGGUCAUUCGUGGGGCCAGCAUGGUACAGUCAUUUCCUAACUUAACAGGGACCACUAAUCUGGAGAGUCUGACUUUUACAGGCACCAAAAUUAACAGCAUUCCCAUUGAUCUCUGCCAAGAGCAAAAGAUACUUCGAACUUUGGACUUGUCUUAUAACAACAUAAAACAGCUUCCAAGUUUUCAAGGCUGCAGUUCCUUGGAAGAAAUAUAUUUGCAGCAUAAUGAAAUUGAGGAAAUCAAAGAAGAUGUAUUCCAGGGUCUAACUUCUCUGCGUACUCUUGAUCUCAGCAGAAAUUUGAUCCACCGGGUCUACCCGGCAGCAUUUACUUCGCUUGAUGCUAUUACCAAUCUAGACUUAAGUUUCAAUACAUUGACUUCAUUUCCAACUGAAGGCCUGAGUGGGUUAAACCAGCUUAAACUUGUAGGCAAUACUGAACUGAGAGAAGCCUUGGCAGCAAAGGAUUUUGUGAAGCUUAGAUCGCUGUCUGUUCCCUACGCCUACCAGUGCUGUGCAUUCUGGGGCUGUGAUUCUUAUUUAACCCUGAAUACAGAAGACUCCAACCACCAAGAUCAAAGUCUGCCAGUUGCUCAUGACCGUGGUGCGGCAGAUGCAGAUGAACUAAUCAGUGAUGAUAAUGAAGAACUGGGUCAGACAAUAAUACAUUGUACCCCCACAACAGGUGCUUUCAAGCCUUGCGAAUACUUACUAGGGAGCUGGAUGAUUCGCCUCACAGUCUGGUUCAUUUUUUUGGUGGCCUUGUCUUUCAACAUCCUUGUCAUGCUAACUAUAUUUGCUUCUUGCGUUUCAGUGCCUUCUUCCAAACUAUUCAUUGGCUUGAUUUCUAUGUCUAACUUGCUUAUGGGGAUCUAUACUGGCAUUUUGACUUUCCUGGAUGCAGUCUCCUGGGGACGGUUUGCUGAAUUUGGCAUUUGGUGGGAGACUGGCAGUGGCUGCAAAGUCGCUGGGUUUUUGGCUAUCUUCUCUUCGGAAAGUGCCAUUUUUUUCCUGAUGUUAGCCGCCAUUGAACGGAGCUUGUCUGCCCAGGAAAUAAUUAAGAAGGGUAAAAGUAAUCAUCAAAAACAGUUUCGAAUCGCUGCCGUUUUUGCUGUCCUGUGUGCGCUGAUUGCAGGAUGUUUGCCGCUGUUCCAUAAAGGGGAAUACUCUGCAUCGCCCCUCUGCCUGCCUUUUCCCACUGGAGAAACUCCAUCCUUGGGCUUCACAGUUACGCUGGUACUCCUAAACUCAUUAGCCUUUUUGCUAAUGGCUAUUAUUUAUACCAAACUUUACUGCACCUUGGAGAAGGAAGACCUGUCUGAGAACUCACAAGCCAGCAUGAUUAAACACGUUGCUUGGCUGAUCUUCACUAACUGCAUCUUUUUCUGCCCUGUUGCCUUUUUCUCAUUCGCUCCGCUGAUCACUGCAAUCUCUAUCAGCCCUGAAAUCAUGAAAUCUGUCACUCUGAUAUUUUUCCCUCUGCCUGCUUGUCUGAAUCCAGUCUUGUACGUCUUCUUCAACCCCAAAUUCAAGGAAGACUGGAAAUUACUGCGGUGGCAUAUUACCAAGAAGAACGGAACCGGGACAGUCACUGUUAAUACGCAAGGUGGCUGCGGGACGCAGGAUUUCUACUAUGACUGCGGCAUGUACACACAUCUGCAGGGUAAUUUUACCAUGUGUGAAUGCUGUGAAUCACUUCUUAUAUCCAAGCCUGUGCCCUGUAAGCACUUAAUAAAGUCCCACAGUUGUCCAGCGCUGACAGUUGUGCCUUGCCAAAGGCCAGAUGGCUAUUGGUCCGAUUGCGGUACUCAGUCUGCCCAUUCCGAUUAUGCAGAUGAAGAGGAUUCUUUUGUCUCAGACAGUUCGGACCAAGUACAGGCCUGUGGACGUGCUUGUUUCUAUCAGAGCCGAGGCUUCCCUUUGGUUCGUUAUGCCUACAACAUCCCAAGAAUUAAAGACUGAAAGGCUUUUAUUGCAAUCCAUGCACUAAAACGGACGCUUCAUACACCAUGCCUGUUCUGUCCCUUUUACCUGGAAGCACUUUUACAAUCAUCUUUUGAUGUUCAUAGUAAACAAGGGAUGUGGGCGGUAAAUAUCUAUACGUUUAAAGCAAGAACUGUUGCUCUUACUGUAAAUAAUUGGAAAACCAAAAUUUAUAACCCAGGUUUUUUUUU